CCGUCAAUCACGCUAACGCUACUCCAUACGCUGCUUCAUGUUGCCAAAAAGAAAAUCCGAGAUGUACGAGAUGAUUAUAUAGUGAAGGGUUCAGAUUUUCUUUUAUUGAUGAACAGAGAGUAAAUCGAUGUAGUUCGCUAGCAGGUUGACUAGCAUUUUUUCAACACAAAGCUUCGAUUGCUUAGCUCGAUGGUACCAAAGAGAACAGGGUAUGAGGGGGUAGUUAUUUUUCACGAAGAUUAUCGGGCUUUUCCUUACAUGUACAUGUUGGUGUUCUGAAAGUGUGCUGUUUUUGUGAAGGUGUAAAAAAAGUUCAGAAAACAUAUCUGAAUGCUGUGAUCUACUCUUAAUGUGUAGCAAGUACAAACAUAUACUGCGUGGGACCUACACCUCCAUCCAUGCUUAUUAUAAGCUGCUGAAUCAAUUUGAAGAACAAGCACAACAGUCACUGAUUCUGAGCGAACAAUGUCAUCGGAGGAGAUGGAGGGCCUGUGCCCUUUGCCAGAGGUGACAGGCAUCAAGGUAGAGCCACCAGUCAACAUUGGCUCCACGGAGGAUGCCAACUCGCAGAACACAAUGGGCAUAAAGUUUAUUUUGCCUAAUCGCUUUGACAUGAACGUGUGCUCGCGCUUUGUGAAGUCUUUAAACGAAGAAGACAGUAAAAAUAUCCAGGACCAGGUCAAUUCUGAUUUGGAGGUAGCCUCUGUGUUAUUUAAAGCGGAAUGUAACAUCCAGACUUCUCCCUCACCUGGGAUUCAGGUCAGGCAUGUGUACACGCCAUCCACCACAAAACAUUUCUCGCCAAUAAAACAGUCCACCACGCUCACCAAUAAACACCGUGGCAAUGAGGUCUCAUCCACACCAUUACUUGUUCACUCACUAUCUACACACCAGUUGGCAGCACAAGGAGAGAUGGUGUUUUUAGCAAGUCGAAUAGAACAAGAGUCUGUGAUAAACCUGCAGGAUGAAGAAGGAUUCACUCCGUUGAUGUGGGCAGCAGCUCAUGGCCAGAUCGCUGUUGUGGAGUUCCUGUUACAGAGUGGUGCAGAUCCUCAUCUGUUGGCCAAGGGCAGAGAGAGUGCAUUGUCGUUGGCCUGUAGUAAAGGAUACACAGAUAUUGUGAGAAUGCUUAUCGACUGCGGAGUUGACGUGAAUGAGUAUGACUGGAAUGGUGGAGCUCCAUUACUUUACGCAGUCCACGGAAAUCAUCUUCGCUGCGUGGAAAUCCUCUUAGAGAGUGGAUCUGAUCCCACCAUGGAAUCCGAUUCUGGUUUCAAUGCAAUGGACAUGGCUGUUGCGAUGGGUCAUAGAAAUGUUCAACAGGUUUUGGAGGCUCAUCUUCUAAAGCUUCUGCAAGGUAUCAAAGAAUGACCAUGGCAAUAAAGCGACAAUGAGAAAGAAAAACGCGAGAAGGACGUGAAGAGAAUUUUCAUGGUUUAGUAAUAGCAAGUGAACUGAUGAAGUAGACAAUAUCUUUUUGCAUGUGCGGAACCAACUAUACAUGUACCGUAAUUGUUUUUGUCUGUCAUUAAUUUAUUUUAAGGAUUUUUAUGCACAGGUCAAGAAACAGAAGAAAAGUGCUGGCAAAUUUAAGUGUGUUUAUCUGUUAAUAUGUAUGUGUGAGUUUUGUUUUGUAGUGACUUUGGUCAAUGUAGUUAUUUAGGUUUUGGAGUUGAAGAUUAACUUGUCACAAUUAAGCUGUUUCAUAAGGACAAUAUCUAUUGAAAUUUGGGAGAAAUGUAAUUAAUUUGAGAAUUAAUCUGUUAAAAGACUGGCAAGAACAAAAUUGAACUAGUUUGCCAUCAGAAUUUACAGCAGGCCUUUACUAAUUCUACAAGUACAAAGAUAAUUUGCGUGUAAAUGCUGUUUGCACGUUGAUUUGUAAACCUUGGAUUGUACUGUUUAAUAGAAGCUUGGUGCUACACUGUAAAUAAAUCUAUUUAAACGGAAGGAUCUGUU